AUGGCCUUCGACCCAAAACUCGACAAGAAAACACUGGCCAGCCUCAAAUGCAUGCGGGACGUCAGUCGUGCAUACGUCUAUGAUCUGCGCCACUACACUGCGGAGACACGAUGGGGACCCUUCAAUUCUGACGGCUCUGUCAACUGGACUCAUGUCGAACAUCUAAUAAACGUCGUGGCAUUAAACGUCCAGGAGCUGCCAGGAAGCUGGGCUCUCACCCGACCACCUUCAUGCGUCGACCCGCCCAGGAUAUCCUGCGCCCUCGCUAGGAGACAGAUAUCCUCAACUGAUUGGGCCGGGGUUGAGGGAACUUGGCGACGAUACGUCUGUUUCAUGGAUUAUCGAGACCUCUUCGCUUUCAACUUUACUGACCUAGCGGAUGGUCCAAGGCAGCCCAAGUUCUUCAAAGACCCAAGAUUCCGUGAAGCAACCCGUCUGAUCGAGGUCAAGAUCCAUCUCGUCCCUACCACCGAAAUACGUUUUAUCCGCUCAUCGGACUUACGUCCUGACGAACACGAUCAUUACCCUCCUUUAUGCUUCAUUGGCUCGUCCAAAGGUGUCAAUGGCAAUGAAGCACAGGUCGAGGGAUAUGUUAGGAUGGGCAAGGACGGCAUAGCAAGAUGGUACCUGCAGACAUCAAUAUACGAUGAUCACCCGCAAUGGAGCUCGAGCGGCGUCCAGAUUGGUGGACUUGGAAGCGCGAUGGGAGUCGUUGGUGUUUGGACCACUACCCACCACGAUCAAGAUGACCCAGUUGGACCCUUUUGGCUAUGGAAGGUUGAGGAUAACUCUCCCACUCACCUUAUGGAGUAUACCUGA